AACAGUUGCCCCACCUGAUUUAGGCAACUGCCAUUUGGGUUCUCUAUGUUGAAAGUACAUAUUAGCCGUAUUGCUUUUUCUGCUCAGAAUGCAAUCUGUUCGGAAAGUUUUCUUUUCCACUUUCAUAAGCAUCAGAUGACUGAUUUGUUGUUUUGCUGCAUAGCACCACUUUCUGUUGUUGGUCUUAGUGAAGAAUGAGCAAUAGAGCAGGCAAAUGGUGAUAUUCUGGUUUUCACAUCAUCCUUCAAUCCAAGGAAGAAUACAAUUUAUUCUAGUUGGGUUAAUUCCUCUUGCCGGUGGCUAGGGUUUCUCCUACUUGAUGGGUAAGAACCUCACUUUGGCACAUCUCCUUGGUAGAAGGGCCUUCCUCUUUCGUCUUCUUUUUUCAAUUCUCCUUUCCUAUGGCUCAGUGUAGAAUUUUGGAUUGGGGCAGAGGGUUGGCAAUGCCCUUUUUCUUUCUUCUAUUUGGUUUUUGUAGGAUGGGAUCCAGCUGGUGGUCAGGCUAGGAGUGACUGGUUCACGCUAGAUUCAAUCGGGCUGUGCCUGGAGGAUCAUAGGUGGCUUCUGGUGCAGAGGGACAAGUGUACAUGCUGCACAAUUGGGGUUUGUUGCCAUCAGAGGGGCAGUGGAUUUGUUUUGGGGUUACUGGUCUAGAACAGCCCUUGACAAGGCAAAACAGUGCUGGUUUGAGUUGUUGGUUUAUUGGUUGGUGAAUACCAUCUGGCUGGGGGGUUGGGUAUCAGGCAUGUGGUGGAUCUUGGCUAUGGAUGAAAGGUGGGAGGUCUUGUGCCUAAUGGAAUAUUGUGGUGGCAAUUUACCAGAAGAGCCAAAUAUGGUUGCUAUAAAUGGCUAUCAAUGGCAGCCACAUAGAGGAAGGAAGGGAUUUUGUUGGUGAAACUGGCUGUAUGCUGCAAGGGAAGGAUGGUAUUCAAGCCAGCAAAGGGGCUCUAGUGGAGUUUGGCAACAAAGGCUUAAAGGAGACUGGAAGAGAUGGGAACAAGGUUGAGAGCAUAUGGAGAUGAAUGGAACGUGGUACUGAGGCCUUAUUGAGCAAGAUAGAGAAUACCCAUGGUCAAAGGAAGAUUAGUUCUGAUCCUACUGAGAAUGAAAGAACACAAAUACUUAUUGAUACUGUAGGGGUGCCUUGCACUUGCAUGGAGGAGGACUGUGCCCUUCCUGUUGGUUGAUCUUUAAGAAUAGACAGGGUGGCAAUUGCAGGUUGGGGACUGUUGUUGCCGGACUCCCUUGCUCUCCCCAUGAAGCUGGCUAAAUAGGUUGGAAUUCAUCCUUCAGCAGCAGGAGUUUGUGGCCAUGCGAUCAGUUACAAGGCGUGUUUCAAAACCAACGACGAAUCUGUAAGAUAUGAAUUCAUGAAUUGUGGAAGAAAAAAUAUAGGUAAAAAAUUGGUGGAUGGCUAUUUUCGGUCGGUAUUCUCAUUAUAAAUAGUUGUUCAAUUACUGACUAUUUCUCUAGAAUUAUUUUAGAUGUAACAAGAAAUUGUUUUAGUUGUU